AUGAAUUCUUCAACUCUGUGCACACGAUGCUUAAGAACUUUCCGGCAUAGUGUUGGAACAGGUUCGCGAGCGAAUUCCUACCGAUCCUUCAGCUCCGCUGUGCAAAGAUAUGAACAGGCAGCCGAUCUUCCGGGGCAGAGAGCGACCACCGGAAGACCUUUAAAGCGAACGAACGCUACAUCAUCUAUUCCCUCCCGGGCAGCAGCAACUGCCACUACUCACGGGAUAACAACCAAACCUGAGCCUUCUGCGACGGAACCAAUUACACAAAGUUCUUCGCCAUAUGCCAGCUCGCAGAAUAACGUCGGCGAUAUGCCGUCGGCAGAGGAAGUCUCUCAGAUGCAAAAGCAAAUACAAAGAGGCAUGCAGCCGGACAGCAUCGUGACCCGACUGGCAAAGGGACUGCGCAAGACUGCCAAGUCGACGACCGACACCUACGUUAUCUAUGGAGAGACAGAACGGAUUUUCAAAGUGUGCGCCAAACAGGCAGACUACACUAUCCCAGAGGAUCAACGGACAUCGAUCCUGACAGGCAAGGGACCGCCGAAAGCCGCGGAUGGGGCCGAUCUGGGCCAGCCUGUCGGCCCGUCGUGGUGGUACGAUACCCUGGGCCUCGAACCCACCUUCGCAACCUGGUCACAAGUGACCUAUCUCCACAUGUAUAUCAUUACGUUACGCUUCCGAGAUCUCGAGACACCAGCUGCAAGUCGCGACUAUCAGCGCUAUUUGAAUGAGCAUUUCUCCCACGCGGCCGAGGACAAGAUGGUGUUGCUGCACAACAUGUCUGCGCGAAGUAUCCGGAACAAGUAUCUGAAAGACCUGUUUUUGCAGUGGCGUGGCUGUCUGACGGCCUACGACGAGGGUCUCGUCAAGGGUGACGCGGUGCUUGCAGGCGCCAUCUGGCGGAAUGUCUUCCGGGGAGAUGAAAAUGUCGAUUGGGAAAAGGUCGCACAGGUUGUCUCUUUCUUGAGGAACGCAACCCGGACGUUUGGUAAUCAAGACCUCUAUGAUAUUGUUCAUCAAGCGGAUGGUCCGAAAGGACUGUGGGCCCAGACUCACGCUUCUUGA